AUGGACUUUAUAGCUCUGCCAAAGAUUGAGCUUCACGCCCACCUCACGGGCAGCAUCUCCCGCCAGACCCUCCACGAAAUAUGGCUCACCAAGAAAGCCGCCGGACAGACCGAUCUUGAAGAUCCACUGGCCGUCAUACCAGAAGGCAAACACGACUACAACCUCGUCGCCUUCUUCCCCCUCUUCAGCAAAUACAUCUACGCCCUCCUCACCGACGAAGCCUCCAUCCGCCACGCCACCACCGCCGUCCUCCAGUCCUUCCUCCAAGACGGCGUCGUCUACCUCGAACUGCGCACCACGCCUCGUCCGACGCCACUUCUCUCCGCGGCGCAGUACGUCGAUAUCUUGCUCUCGACGAUAUCCGGAUUCGAAGAGCAGAAUCCGCGGCUUCACACGCGGCUUAUUCUUUCGGUGGAUAGGCGGCAUGAUUACGAGAUGGCGGCUUCUGUGCUUGACCUUGCUGUCGAGACGUCAGAAGGUGGCUACGCUGCAAGGCAUGCAAUGGUGGUAGGUCUGGAUCUAUGUGGAGAUCCAUCUGCGCGUCCCUCGGGGGAAAUAUCCCUCUUCACGCCGAUAUUCGAAAAGGCCCGCGCUGCAAAUCUCGGCAUAACAUUGCAUUUUGCAGAAAUCCAAGCGAGUGCCUCCAAGGCAGAGCUCGAGACGCUAUUAUCGUGGAGGCCCCGGCGGUUGGGCCACGUCAUCUGGGAAGACGAAGAGACGAAAAAGGAGAUUGAGAGACGCAAAGACGAGCUGUGUCUUGAGCUGUGCCUGAGCUGUAAUGUCCACGCGGGCAUGGUGGAGGGCGGGUUCGAGGGCCACCAUUUCGGGGGCUGGAGGCGCGUUGAGGGUGUCAAGGUGUCGCUUGGGACAGACGACGUGGGCAUCUUUGGCAGCCCGCUAUCCAACGAAUACCGCCUCGCUGCACAACACUUCCACCUUGAUAACCGGCAGAUCUGUGCCUUGGCUAGAGAAGGCAUCGAUUUCAUAUUUGGAGGCGAAGUGGAAAAGGAAAGGCUACGACGAAUCAUGUGGGAUGAGCACUCUUGUUGAAUAAUAGAGCAAACAAGUGCCAUUAUUGAUAAGCGUUCUUUUCUUCUUCUUUUUCUUUUUAAGUCUACUUCAAUUGCUCUCACCAGUAACAACACCAUCACGUAAUACCAUCAUAACGCUACUUUUGCAUCAGGCUAUAUAUAGGUAAGCUAAGAAAAAGAAAACCAGCUACAACAAGCGAGAGGAGUAGAGAACCACCACCCAGAACUUCCUAUUCACUUUUUAAUUUUUUGUUUUCCAUCUCCAAUUAUUUCCUCCCCCUUUUUCCUUGUUCCCGCCAUAGCCACGGCCGAAUCAAACUAUUUUGCAACUUUGUAGCGGAUAUUUAUAUAUUAAACGCCAGCAGAAGAGAAGAGAAGAAUGAAAAGUCUCAUGAGUCCCAAUCUAUUUUUGUCAUCAACACGUUAUGGAGCACUG